AAUAAAUCGUUAAUUUUUGAUUAAUGAUAUGACCAUCAUACAGACUAUACCUACCUAAGUACGUACCUACAAUAAUUCGAUACCGCAAGGCACAAAGCAAUAGGUAGCUAUUCCGAACUAUUCAGUUGCUCAAACGAAUUGGCUAUAAAAUACGUGAAAUUUCGCACGAAGAAGUAAAAAUGGACACCAUAUCACGAAGAAUACGAUUUCCGAGAAUUUUUUUUGGUUCACGACCGAGUAGCUCAGAAGUUGAUUUGACAAAAGAUAAUAUCAAUGAAAAAGCAUCAAAGGCAUUGGAAUGGAAAAUGGAUUACACAGAGAAACCUCAAGUGUAUCAUAUGACUAUUAGCUUGGUGUUCGAUAUAUUGAGAUUAAUGGGUAGAGCUCCAUUCUACAGAGACUCAACAGGCAAAAUGGAAUAUAAAUUCUGCUCAGCAAUAAUGUUGUACUCGGUGGUAAUCUACCUAUUGGUUGGAGUAUCUUCGUUGUUUUCUCUCAUAGAUUUAUUUUCCGAUAAAAAGACUUCGUUUAAUAGUCAAGUUGAUGGUGCUUUGACAUCAUUCAUGAUAGCUCCUCAAUUAAUCACACCUGUCUUAUCUUGGAUUCAGAUGCGAAGUCACCAAGAAUAUCUAGAUAAAUGGGUCGUUUUUCAAGAAAAAUACGAACAAGUUACAAUGAAUAAUUUUCCAAGAGUUAAAUUCAGUGUGGUGAAAAUGUGUUUAUUCGUUUUCUCUUUCGUCUUGAUGAUAGUUCUGAUAAUACCGCAUUAUUUAAUCGACAACCUUCGCUGGUAUCAUUUCCCAGGGUAUUUAUUCAACGUUGUUGGCACAUUAUGCCAUUUUGUUUAUUGGAAACUGACAUCUUCUAUGAUAACAAUAAUUUCUAAAAAAUUUCACGAGAAUUUUCGCAAAGAAGUAGUUAAUGCCAAAGGAUACACCGCUAAAAUAGAAGAUUAUCGUCUUCUUUGGAUGACGCUGAGUCAACUGAUACAGAAUUGUGGAUCUAGCAGUUGCGGCAUCGUUUCUGUAUUCAUCAUUACGAAUAUGAUUUAUUUGGUUUGCAUUAUUUAUAACACAGGAUUCGAUAGCUUGGAACACUACAAGUCGUCAAAUUUUCAUUCCAUUAUUGCUGCUGUCUUGGUAACAAUAUUUUGGUGGGUCAUUUUAAUGACCUAUUGUGAAGCUGGAUACAAGAUGACCGAAAGUAGUAUGCAAGGGAUAUUACAUAGCAUUUUAGAAAUUAAAAAUCAUAACAUUCUGUCCUACGAAGAUGAAUUACACGUCAACAUAUUUCUGCAUACAUUAAAGCAAUACUCAUCCGAAGCUACAGUCUCAGAUUACUUUGUCAUCAACAGAUCACUUUUUGGAAGCAUUAUCACCGCUUUAGUAACAUACGUCAUUGUAAUGAUACAAUUCCACGUAAAUAAUGUCUCAUCGACAGCGCAAUUACCCGCAAAUAACGUUUCAGCGCCACUAUCACAGGGACCAGCACCGACAACACCAUCAAAUAAAGACAACGAUACUACACUAUAUGACUACACAGCAGAAUAAAUAUCCUUAUUUCACACAAUGAACAUUUAUUAUGAAUAAAUGUUUAAAUGAAAAAAAAAUCGUCAUGUUGCGGAUCCAUAAUACGAUUAGGUACAUAGAGAUAGUCAAUUAGCGAAAAAAUAUAAAUACACAAAUCGAAAAAGGAAAAAAGGCGAAUUAAAUAAAACGACAUGGCGAAGAAAAAAAAUAUAAACAAUAGAUACAUUGAUUACAAAUGUCACAGAUAUAUGGUAAAUUCUUUUACAUACAAUGAUACGAAAAUAUGUAACUAAGCAUAUAAAUAUACCUUAUCAUCACAAAAAUUCACUUUUUAAAAAAAAUCAUAAGUAAUUAGCUUUAAGCGUAAUCGACCAUUUGCUUGUGGUAAAAUAAUAAGUACCUGUAAAUAAAAAUAUAAGUUGUUCAACUGAAAUUAAAUGUACCUACGAAAUUAUGAAAUGAUUCAUUUACCCUUCACUUUGUAAUACAUCUAAUAAAUUCGCUUUUGAGAUUA